GUUUUUUUUUUUUUUAUAGUGUUGAGUUGAAGAAGGCGGGGGAUUCCUGAGGGACGCGCUCAUCUCCCACCGUUUACUGCCGCUCUCCGUCCUUCUCCACUUCCUCCUCCCGGCCUUGAGGAACUCUGCCGGGAGCUGCCGGCUCUGCGCGCCGAACCAUGGCCGAAUACUCGUAUGUGAAGUCCACCAAACUCGUGCUCAAGGGAACUAAGGCCAAGAGUAAAAAGAAGAAGAGCAAAGAUAAGAAGAGAAAACGAGAAGAAGAUGAGGAAACCCAACUUGAUAUUGUGGGAAUCUGGUGGACUGUAUCCAACUUUGGGGAGAUUUCAGGAACCAUUGCCAUUGAGAUGGAUAAAGGAGCCUAUAUCCAUGCCCUGGACAAUGGCCUUUUUACACUGGGAGCGCCGCACAGAGAAGUUGAUGAGGGCCCCAGUCCCCCAGAGCAGUUUACCGCUGUCAAACUGUCUGAUUCCAGGAUUGCACUGAAAUCUGGCUAUGGAAAAUAUCUUGGUAUAAAUUCAGAUGGACUUGUUGUUGGGCGGUCGGAUGCAAUCGGGCCAAGAGAACAAUGGGAACCAGUGUUUCAAGAUGGGAAAAUGGCUUUAUUGGCCUCAAAUAGCUGCUUUAUUAGAUGUAAUGAGGCAGGUGAUAUAGAAGCAAAGAAUAAAACAGCAGGAGAAGAAGAAAUGAUAAAGAUUAGAUCCUGUGCUGAAAGGGAAACCAAAAAGAAAGACGACAUCCCAGAAGAGGACAAAGGAAAUGUGAAGCAGUGUGAAAUCAACUAUGUAAAGAAAUUUCAGAGCUUCCAAGACCACAAACUCAAAAUAAGCAAAGAAGAUAGUAAAAUUCUUAAAAAGGCUCGGAAAGAUGGGUUUUUGCAUGAGACUCUUCUGGACAGGAGAGCCAAAUUGAAAGCUGACCGAUACUGCAAGUGACAGAGACGUUUUUGUGUUGCUUUGAUUUUUUGUUUUUUUUGGGGGGGGGGUAUUUGUUUUUAUCCUGAAUAAAAAUAUUCAUUGUAACUCUGCUUUUACAGAUUUC